CCCCAAAUGCAUAAAAUGAUACUGCUGAUUCAGUCGGUGGGACCAUCAUUUCAAAUUUGAGUCCCGCUGCUGUUGUUGUCCCUUCCCGUAAAGCCUCAGCACGAAAAGCCUGGGAAACCCUGUAUUUGGGGAUGUUUAUCUGCUACCAUCAAGUUGCGAGAGCUGCGGCCAGACACGGGUUUGAAGCCGGCUGGGCGCACCUUCCCCAGGUAGUACACAUUCCCACGGUCGCCGUGGUCCUCCGGGGGAGCCCCUGCGCAUCUCAGGCCGGCUCGUCACGGAAGAGGGCGUUCUAGCCGGCCGCCUACUCCAUGGUAGGGCCCCCUGCCCGCUUGGCCCGUGGCGGCCGCCAUGUUGGAGGCUCAGGCAGGGAGCCAUGGCUGCGAGCGGCGGGUGCACAGUCGGAGCUGCGCCAGCUCCGCGGGGCAGAUGCUGGAGGUGCGGCCAGGGCUGUACUUGGGUGGAGCCGCGGCCGUGGCGGAGCCGGACCACCUGAGGCAGGCGGGCAUCACGGCCGUGCUGACGGUGGACUCAGAGGAGCCCGACUUCAAGUCGGGGGCGGGGAUGGAGGGUCUACGGAGCCUCUUCGUGUCGGCGCUGGACAAGCCCGAGACUGACUUGCUCAGCCAUCUGGACCGGUGCGUGGCCUUCAUCAGCCGGGCCCGCGCCGAGGGCCGCUCCGUGUUGGUGCACUGUCAUGCAGGAGUUAGUCGAAGUGUGGCUAUAAUAACUGCUUUUAUGAUGAAGACUGACCAGCUUACCUUUGAAAAAGCCUAUGAAAAUCUCCAGAUCAUCAAACCAGAGGCUAAAGUGAAUGAGGGAUUUGAGUGGCAACUGAAAUUAUACCAGGCAAUGGGAUAUGAAGUAGAUACUUCUAGUGCAAUUUAUAAGCAAUAUCGUUUACAAAAAGUUACAGAAAAGUAUCCAGAAUUACAGAACUUACCUCAAGAACUCUUUGCUGUUGACCCAACCACCAUUUCACAAGGACUGAAAGAUGGCAUUCUCUACAAGUGUAGAAAGUGCAGGCGAUCUUUAUUUCGAAGUUCGAGCAUUUUGGAUCAUAAUGAAGGAAGUGGUCCCAUAGCCUUUGCCCACAAGAGAGUGACACCAUCUUUCACACUCACCACAGGGAGUCCGGCUCAAUGUACAUCGUAUUUCAUUGAACCUGUACAGUGGAUGGAAUCUGCUUUGUUGGGCGUGAUGGAUGGACAGCUUCUUUGCCCCAAAUGCAAUGCCAAGUUGGGUUCUUUCAAUUGGUAUGGUGAACAGUGCUCAUGUGGUCGAUGGAUAACACCUGCCUUUCAAAUACAUAAGAACAGAGUGGAUGAAAUGAAGAUGCUGCCGGUUUUGGGAUCACAAACAAGAAAAAUAUGAACUUGACAUUUUUUGAUAGCUUGGAAAGAAACUUGCUGAUAUGUGCUUCCCUCGCUUGUUGUCAUUCAUGGCAGAUUGUCUAGUUUAUAGGCCAUCAGCAUUUCAUUUGAUGUGACAUGGAAACUUUGCUUUGUUAUUUGUUAGUCUCUUACACCAUUUAAGUAGAAUACUUUAUAUGGAAAUCAGAACUUUUAAUCAUGUAAAUUGUACUUUAUUUGAUAUUAAAAUUUUCUGUAACCCA